GUGUGUCUUUCUGUGGUAGUGUGGCCGACGAUGUCUCUCUGUGUUGUUGUGUUAGCGAGCCUUGUGGUCGCGGUUCUUGCUGACACAGGCUCUCAUGUCCCAUUCAAAUUCACCCCAUCCAACAGUAAGCCCUCACAGCCUGUAGGGAAGGUGGCCGCCCCAGCAGGGAGGGCACCACGCACCAUCCCCUCCUACGGCGCUCCCUUCAACCAGGGCCCCGUCAAUUACGACUUCAGCUACGCGGUUAAGGAUGCCUACAUCGGCACCUCCUUCGGCCACCAGGAGACCCGCAAUGGCUAUGACACCAAAGGUUCCUACGUCGUCCCUCUCCCCGACGGUCGCGUCCAGAGGGUCACUUACUACGUCAACGGUGACUCAGGCUUCAUGGCUAAGGUGACCUACGAGGAAAAGGCCACGUAUCCCCAGUACCGUCCCGUUCAAGCCUACCAUUCUGGUCCAGCUUAUCGGUCUGCGCCGCCCCAACAGCUUGACGCAGAAUACCAGGCUGCCCCUCGCCAUGAGCCUGAAGUGGUCCAACAGCCUGCUCCAGAACUUCGAUCUGCCCCGUCCAGUCAGCCUAUCCAAUUCGAUCAGCCCACUCCUGCCCACCAGCUCACUUUAAUCCACAAGCACAUCCUAUCCCACCAGCCCACUCCAGCCCACAAGCCCACCCUAACCCACCAACCCACUCCAAACCAUCAGCCCACCCCAACCCAUCAGCCUAAACCAUCCCACCAGCCCACUCCAGCCCAGAAGCCCACCCUAACCCACCAACCCACCCCAAACCAUCAGACCACCCCAACCCCAGCCCACCCCAACCCAUCAGCCCACCCCAACCCAUCAGCCCACCCCAACCCAUCAGCCCACCCCAACCCAUCAGCCCACCCCAACCCAUCAGCCCACCCCAACCCAUCAGCCCAUCCCAACCCACCAGCCCAGCCCAUCCCAUCAACCCACCCCAACCAAUCAGCCCACCUCAACCCAUCAGCCCACCCCAGCCCAUCAGCCUGCUCCAGAAUUCCGGUCAGCUCUAGACUAUGA